AUGCAGAGGUUAUGGGUGGAUAAAUAUGACUGGGAUGAUGAUGUCUCGUCGGAAAUAAAAGAGUUGUGGAGUUCAUUUUCGUCUACUCUACCUUAUCUCAACAAUUUAAAAAUCCCUCGUUGGAUUCUUAGCAACGGCUCUGAUCAUUAUGAAAUCCACGUAUUUUCAGACGCAUCGGAACGAGCUUACGGCGCUUGUCCAGUGUUGAUAGCAGACCGUAGCGGUCGUGGAUGUCGACUCAUCAAGUCAUAUUUGGCAAUUUUCAUUUGUAGUUCGACUAAAGCCUGUCAUAUUGAACUCGUUACGGCUCUAUCUUCUGAUGCUUACCUUGCUGCUUUGAACCGCUUUAUAUCUCGCAGGGGAAAGCCCCAGAGCAUUACUUCCGAUAACGGAACGAAUUUUGUAGGCACUUACAAUGAACUGUCGAGAUUCUUGGUUCAGUCUGACCUUGAAAGCCGUGUAGCUCAGGAGGGCAUCGAAUUUAAAUUCGUUCCCCCACAUAGUCCUCAUUUUAACGGUCUGGCAGAAGCAGCGGUCAAAUCAACCAAAUACCACCUUAGACGCUUGCUACAGACAACCAACUUCACAUUCGAAGAGAUGGCUACAUGCCUCGCUCAAAUUGAGGCCGUUUUAAACUCCCGUCCACUCACUCCUCUCUCUUCAGACCCCAAUGACCUUUCUGUCCUUACUCCUGCUCAUUUUCUUAUUGGACGAUCACUGUCUUUUGUGCCUCAUCCACAGAUCCCAGAGGAGACCAACAUCAACCGGCUGCAGCGCUUCAAGAGAAUAGAGCUCAUAAAGCAGCACUUUUGGAGACGCUUCUCCUUGGAGUAUGUGGCUCUGUUACAGCAGAAGGUGAAGUGGCGGUCAUCGAAGGCAGAACCAAAGAUUGGUGCUCUUGUGCUCAUCAAAGAUAGAGCUCUUCCACCAUUGCUCUGGUCUAUGGGCCGAGUCAUCAAGCUCUAUCCUGGCACCGAUAAUGUGUCUAGAGUCGCUGAGCUCAAGACGAAGGGUGGCACCAUUCGAAGAGCCCUCAUUAAUUUGUGCCCUCUUCCAGAUUUUUGA